AUGGUGCCCUCCUCUGGGCUCUGGUGGUACUGCGCCCACUCCCCUAAGUGGAGGCUGAUGGCAGGGGCAGUUGUGGGUUUUGCCAGACAUGAUGUGCCGUUUGUCGGGUAUGAUAUUAAGGAGCAAGAUAUAGGGAAACUCCAUCGCGCUGCUUUCAAUGGAGAUCUGGCAAAGAUAAAACGGUAUGCCAAGAAGUAUGACUUAAACCAGGUGGAUAAAGAAAACAGAACGGCUCUGCACAUUGCCUGUGCUUAUGGACACUCUAAUAUCGUCCGGUUCCUGGUGGAAAAUGGAGCCAAACUGGACCUUUGUGACAAGCAAGGCCGAUCCCCAUUAAUGAAGGCGGUGCAAUGCCAGAAGGAGAGCUGUGCGGCCAUCCUUCUGAAGUCUGGUGCUGACCCCAACCUGAGGGACGUGGAUGGGAACACGGCCCUGCACCUGGCUGCCUGGACCCCCCGCGUGUCCAUGGCGGAGCUGCUGCUGCAGCACAAGGUCAACGUCAACGCACAAAACCAGGAGGGGAACACCCCUUUGAUUCUGGCGGUGAUGGAGAACCAGGUGGAGAUGGUUGUGGUGCUUCUGCGCAGUGGAGCGGACGCUGAAGCUCGGGACCAGCACGGGUGGACGUCUUUGAUGAGGGCCUCUGUUCGAGGUCAGGCGAGGAUCGCCUGGAUUCUCUCUCAGCACAUUGAAGAGAGGGGAGGGAAGGAGGACAGCGCUUGCGCCUUUCAUGCCUGGCCGGUUAUGAUCCAACCACCUGUUUGCUCCCCUCCCAUGUUAGGUGAGGAGAGGACGAGGACAGUGCAGUGUUUUGGCAGCCUUAUGGAGGAGCUUAAAUCAGGCUCUCUCUAUCAAGGAGGAACCAUUGGUCAGGAAGUUUUUCUUUUUGGCAUCCGCCAGGUUCAAAGGAUUGUGGUGAUGAUGAUUAUGACUGGGAAAAUAAGCAUGUUUUUGCCAAAUGAAGAUCAGGAUUCUGAUUCCAUCACAGAGACAUAUGGAGAGAUGAGUCUGCAGGAACUGGGAACCUAUCAGCAGGAGGAGAAAAGUGGUUCAAAGGAUGGUGAAGAUGAUAAUGAUGAUUGGGAAAAGAAGCUUCAGGCUCUGAAAGCACAAGCAGCAUCUGCAUCAACCAACCAGACAUACGCUGAAAAAAUGACUGGCCCCGCCCUGCAGAGCCAUGAUAGGCUGAUUAACGAGCUGCUGGGUGCGGUCUCCUGGCUGGAGAAGGAGUGUGUGGGGGCCAGGGAGGCGCUGCGGGAGAGCCAGGAGCUGAGGAGAAGGCAGGAGGAGCAGCAUCGCAGGGAGAAGGAGCAGCUGGAGCUGGAGGUGAAGUCCUGCAUCAUUAACAUGAGGCAGCUGGAGAAGGAACAGGACGAGGCCCAACGGCAGCAGCAGGAGCUUCUGAAAACACACCUGCUGACACUGCAGGGGAACAGGAGGGAGAGGAGGAGGAUGCUUAAACUGCUGCAGGAGAGCGAGGAAAAAUACGACCAAUCAGAGCGCCAUUUGCAGAAUGUAAGGCUCGCUCUGACACGUGAGGUCUCCCAGCUGGAGGAGACCGACCGGCAGCUGGAGGCGGAUGUGGCGGCACUGAGGCAGCACGUGGAGACCAGCAUGGUGCCCCGCAGCCAGGUGGAGCUGUACUGCAGAGAGAUCGAGGGGCAGGCCCGGCAGCUGGUCCAGGGCAACCUGGCCGAGGUCAACCGCUUUCUGCUGAACCAGGCUGCUGCACAUGAAACUCUGAACCAGAAGCGAGAUGCUGUCGAGGCCAGCCUGCGGGCCCAGGUGCAGCAGCUGGCGGAUGAGCUGGCCCGGGUCAAAACCCAGCAGGACCGCCAGAACCAGGCAGCUGAGCUGGAGUGGAGUGAUCGCUGUACCAAUGCGACUUCCUGCCUGAGGAUCCCAGAAACAUACCUCCUGGGAUUCGAACCCAUGACCUCUCGGCGUUCCACUACUCUUACCUGGAUGCUGACAAAGCAGCGUCUGACGCCGGCCGUGCUUAGGCUGCAGAGUGCGGCCCAGACCAGCAGUUCGUCAACAGCAGCAUCUAGCAAGAUGAGACAUGGCUGGGCCCAGGGGGCAAUUCCUCCAAUGGGACGCCUGGAACUGAGUGGGUCGACCUACGGUGUGACCAUGGGACUGAGCGGCUCUUCUUCCAACCAGAUAACGGGACUGAGUGACCCUCCUUCCAAUCAGAUCAAAGAACCAAAUGGUACCUCCCAUAAUGUUGCAACCCUGGAUUAUACUGCUUGA